GCUAAACCAUAUGCCAUUUCCUCAUUACUAAUAACAGAAGCGUUCCUUGUCAGAGAUUUAAAUCCUUCUGAAUGUGAUGAAUGCUAAACGUGUGGCUAAUCCAGUCUCGCCGCCGUCCGUGGCUCCUCCCCGCGGGCUGCCAGCGGUCCCACUGCGGGGCAGCUACGCGCACACACGUAGCCUACGGGACAAUCUCACGGGAACACACAAACACAGUGAUGUCAGAGCCGGCGGGCCGCUCUUCCUCCGUCUCCUCCGUCUCUUCCAUCUCUCUGCUGGAGAUCAAGGCGGAGACUCAUCUCGUCCUCCAAGCUUUCCUACAUCGGGCCCUUUCCACCCCCCUGAAAGAGAGGCCUGGUACAGUGGGAGGGGCCUACAUUGAUCACAACAAGUACAGCUCCAAGAAACAAACCAAAGCUAAGGAUGGCUGGGAUCCCCCGGCUAAAGCUGGCAGCUCAGCAGAUGAGAGGAAGACUGGAUUCAAGGACUUCAUAAAGCAGCUGCCUCGCCAUAACAGCGCACGCCGUCCUGCCAAAGACCCGAAAGGCUCACUGGACAAGGACAGUAAGGCUAAAGUGCCCCAACUCAGGGACCAGACAGAAGAUGAUGUCAUAUCCCCCUCCUCUACAUCAGAAGACGAUGACAGCGAGAAGAAGCAGCAGAAGAAGCUGAGCCAGCGGAAGAUCAGGAGAAGGAUCUCCAAGUUCUUCAAGUUGAAGUUGGAGAGAGAGAAGACCAAAGAGGGGCCUGGAGCUCACCCUCCGCGGCCUGACGCGCUGUCCAUCUCUAGAGGAGCAGAGCCCGGCCCGGCCCUCCCCUCUCCCAACCACCCUCCUGAGUUCUAUAAUGAAGUAGCACAGAGGCUGGAAAAGAUCGCCCAGAAGUCCACCAGUCUAAAGAAACAGAGCCCCACACCCCAGCUGUCACCAGCGGCGUGUGAGAAAGAAGCAGUGGUGCGGCAGCUUGCCCAGGUGCUGUCUUUGGAGGGAGAUUCUAUCAACGCUAAGAUCGAGGCAAACCCCUUCCUGCGCUCCAGCCUGGCGCGUCUCUCCUACGCGUCCUUCGCCCAGCUUCUAGACACUUUCAGCAGCAGUCAGGUGUCCGAGGCUCCAGCCCUGCCUCCCAGGGCCAGUCCAACGCUGCGCCGCAUGGCGGUCACCAUGGAGGUGUCACGGCGGAUAGUGACAGCCACCGGAGCCCAGCGCAUACAAGGCUACGCGGAGUGCUACAUGGAGACCUUCGCCCCCUGGGUCAAGAGCCAUGGAGGAUGGGAGAAUGUGGUACAGUCGGAGGAGACUCUAGAGUACGACUGAGGUCCCAGAGCUCACGGUUCCACCUAGCUCUGGACGAUGACAUCACGCUUUCCCACGGAGUCUCGCCUGGACUGGGACCAGAUUCCACAGGUCUCCGUGAUUUAUGAUAAACUGACACCAUACAGUUCUUCCACCAGGGGCUAUUGGUUUCACAUGGUCAGAAGAAGAAGAAGAAGAAGACGCUAUUUUAGUACAGGUAAACUAGUACAGUACUAACAUACAAGCCCAUCUUUUUCUUUCCUUUUUUACCUCAAAGUAAGAGCCGCUGCCCAGGCCCAGGCCGCCUGACAGAUUCAAGGAGCUGUAUAAGACCCUGUUUGUUUAUGACCUAAAAAACGGGACCCGGCUCGGUGAUACAGUUGGGAUACAUUUUGGCACAAAGAGCUGGGUACAGUGUAGUGCGGGGCACCAGGGACGGGAUGUACAGGAAUGACCAUAUGGCCUGAUUGCUACUUAAAUAUUUUUGUUUUACUUUGACAUCAGAGAAGGAAAAGCAAGCAUCAACACGAUGAAUGUAACGUUUAUUACAGUCUAAUCUCAAAGGGUGACGGGGGCUGGGAGGGGAAUGAGCCAGCCCCCCCUCCCACCAACUCCUGAGCAUGGGUUGUUGUGAAGCCAUUAAUACGACACUAUUAGGAUGGACAGAAACGUACUGUACAUGACGUUGAGCGUCUGCUGUGUAUUUACAAGUUAACUUAUUACGGAAGCGUUUAGCGCUGUUAGCUAUGAGCUCUGCACUGACGUACUGUACACAGAGGAUGAUAAUGUGUGUGUGUGUGUGUGUUUCUUCAAUAUCUGGGAUGGUUCCCCGGUAUGGCUGGGCAAUAUAUUGAUAUAAUAUCGAUAUAUCGUGUUAUGAGACUAGAUAUCGUCUUAG